CUGAAAUGGCAGCACCAGAAAUGACAGCUCUGUUAAAACGGAGCAAAAGAAGUGUUGCAGUCUCAGUAAAAUCUGAAUGUUCGAAGCAGCACGACUCACAGAAGCUUACAGAUUUACUUGACUUCCUUUUAAACCCAGAAAAACCACUCGAUGAGUACGAAACAUUGGAUUGGUUGCGAUGGUUGAUUUCUGGUGGAAGCACUUUCGAAGAGUUCUCAAAAACAGUGAGACAGUAUGAUAAUGCAGUCACUUGUGGUCUGGUGUGGACAGCCAAUUUCGUAGCCUACAGAUGUCGCACAUGCGGGGUGUCCCCAUGCAUGUCAUUGUGUGCUGAUUGUUUCCAAGCGGGUAACCAUGAAGGGCACGAUUACAACAUGUUCCGCAGCCAGGCUGGUGGGGCAUGUGAUUGCGGAGAAGUCAGCGUCAUGAACCCAGCAGGCUUUUGCCCACGACAUGGCCCAGAUCGCCAACAGACCCAGCCCCGUCCCCCUGGAGAUCUAUUGGCAGUGGCAGAGACGAUGAUGCCUCGGAUUUUCCUGCGACUUAUUUACCACCUACGGGACAACUCCAAACCUGAAAUGAUGGACACAUACCUACUGGCGAUGCAGGAUGCGGAACAAUUUCUCACAUUUCUCCACUCCCUCAGUGACAUGGGGGCUGCCAUGCGACAUGUGAUGGCCGCCGCCCUCACCAGCAAGGAGAUGUACACCACCCUUGUCAACCAACACACAGCAACCGCUAAUUUGGCGGAGGCAAGCAACAGUUUUUAUUCAAAGAGCCAGCGAGAUUAUGAAGCUGCUGUCAGUUCCCUUCAGUAUCCCAGGGGCUUUGAUGAACUAGAAGAUAUGCCGGGCCUGAACCAGAAGCUUGUACACCGGACAUUCCUGGAGGAGCUUGUGUUCUGGACAGUGAAAUUUGAGUUCCCACAGAAAAUUGUCACACUACUGCUUAGUCUUCUACCAGACCUCAAAUAUAAAGAGGAGUUUACACGAGCGUUUAUUCAGCACUACAGUAGAAUCUCCCGUGUCCUUGUGAAUGCCCUGGACAGACAGACUGUCGCUAACCGGGUCGUCCAUAUCAGUGUGCAGCUAUUCAGUAAUGAGAGCCUGGCCUGUCAGAUGGUCCGGGAGUACAACCUGCUGUAUAUUCUCAUAGUGAGCCUAAACAACAUGCUGGAACAGAUUCUUACUGAGAGCACACUACAAGACGCACACCAGAACUUCCACAUGGUAGUUGACUGCAGUAACGAGUCUAUGAAGGAGCACUGUUACUGGCCGAUCAUCAGUGACCUGAUAAACCUUCUCUCACAUGCGGACAUUGCCUACAAGUUUGUCUCUGACUCCAAACUGGUCAUUAUGUGGCUUGAACUGCUCUCAUACUUCCAAGGUAUGAACCUGAAUACUCGGGAACUACACCAGCAUGUGGAGUUUGAACCAGACACGUAUUACGCCGCGUUCUCUGCCGAGCUCGAGAUAUCCGCCUCCCCCAUGUGGUCCCUCAUCUCACACCUCAAAAAACAGGACACAUUCUAUGUGACGAAGCACAUGAUAUCAGCGUGUCAGGACACACUGCAGGACUGGUUUGAUGCCAUAUCAUGCAAGGAAUCAACCAAUCCAAACCCCCUGCAGCUGACGUUCCACCUCCCUCUACACCGUUACCUGGCCACGUUCAUGGUGCAGGCCGUACAACACCAGGGACAGGACCUGGUCUCUGUCAUCCCGCCAGAACGCAUGCUCAAAUGCCUGCUUAUACACCUGCUACAGAUACAGGUGGCCACAUCAGAGAUAUAUGCGAACAUGUGGGUGCGUAACGGCCUGCAGAUUAAGGGUCAGGCGAUGACGUACGUCCAGUGUCACUUCUGUUACUCCAUGGUUGAUGCAGACAUCUUUCUCAUGCAGGUUUGUGCAUGUAGACUUGAUCCGGACUACUUUGUGCAGACAGUGCUGGAGCGCUUCCAUGUAAGUGACUGGCUCUCAUUCUCUGCAGAGGGUGGGUCACGAAGCUACAAGAUGGAAAAGGACCAGGAACUGGCCAUGGUGGAGGGUGCUCUGCAGUUCUUAACAAUGCUGUUACAUGUACGGACUUACCUGGGUAUGGAAGAGGGGGAGCUAGCCCGUCUGGAGAUGGCUAGCCUGCUGUUUGUUGCCGACAGACAGCACUCCCAGCUCAUGGACCUGAUGCCCGAGAAGUCGGGGAUGACAGGGCAUGGCAAGGAGCUGUUUGAACCCACCCUGCGGGACAUCUCACACUACAAGGCACCCAUGUUUGAGCCCGGGGGAGGCCUCCAGCAGGGUACAUAUGUGCCCAAAGAUGAGCUUUGGGAGAAAGAGUUUGACCCAGUCCAUGUGCUGCUGAGAGCCGUCUAUAAGAACGACUUCCAGUCUGCCAUGGACAGAUACUCAGAGUUUCUGAGAAAGAAGGGCCGGUUAAAGGGGAAGGGUCAGCCAUGGCCCCCAUUCAAGGCCCCUGGGGCGGUGCUGGACUGCUAUAAGGCCAUGUACCGGAUCCUUCACUGUAAAACCAUGCAUGCCCUCAUCUUUACCAUUCUACAGAAGGUGUUGAAGGAUCCUAGUCUUCCUGAAAGCCUCAGUUUCUAUGGCGUACACCUUCUAGAGCUGGCCAUCACAAUACCCAACCCUGACACCACAAGAAGGGCAAAGCCAUCACCAGCCAACGUCCCUGAUCGCAACUACAAGGAGUGGUUCUCUGGUAAUGAUGUGUUUGAGAAUCUACGGGAGACGGUACGGAACGUGGAAGUGUCGCUGUCACACAUGGCAACACAGCCAGAGGAUGCGAUGUCCCUGGGUGUUGAUACAUCGCUGGAGGAAAUGUUUCAGCUGGCUCCCAGUGCACUGGCUGGAGCUAGUGGACCUAUCACAGCAGCCCACUCUGGUCAAAUCCCGACCUUCCUCACUUCCCUUACCACGACUACGACUGGCCCCGCCCCCUCACUCCUGUCAAUCCGUCCCACCACGAGCCAGGCCCUGCCUCCAAAGUAUGAGGCUCGAGGGGUGAGCACAGACACGCCCAGAACUGAGAAAGUGGUAGUCAAUGAAAGUUUACUGACUAUACUGUUCAAGCUUCACUCUAAAUUAGCUGGUAAGAGUAACGCCUACGUACCUCCGUCAGUAUUAGGUCAGAGUUCCACAGGGAGUGGAGAGUCGUCAGGUAGUGGAGAGUUUUAUGUGCGUCGGGUACUGGACCAGCUGUGUCGGGUGAGUCGGGAUUGCGCCCGAGCUGUGGAGGAUGUGUACCAGGGCCAGCGACCCAAGGAUACAGGCUCACCUAAGAAAGGCAAAGCUAUGGACCCCGAUACUAGGAGGCGUAAGGCGCGAGAGAGACAACAGAAACUGAUGGAGGAGUUUGCCUCCAAACAGAAAGCCUUUAUGGAGCAGGCCAUGGAUACAGAAGAUUCACCUCCAAUGGGUACGUCUCAAAGUACUGACAGCAUGGACAGUGAGGGUCCGCAGUCAGCCAUGGACGAGGAGGCAGAACUGUAUGACUGUGUGAUCUGUAACCAGAGUACGCCCUCCACGGCUGAGAGAACUAUAGGGCUGGUCGUGUUUCUCCAGGCUUCCAGUGUGCUUGGUCACCGGCCUCAGACAGACACGCAGAAGAUCCUGCAGCUUGGAGACAAGACAAGACAGAGGAUCACCACGUGCUCCCGGGUACAGACAAAAAGACUGGAAACACUCUUCAAACACUUCGAAGAGAGCUCAUGUCAGACGUCGGUGAACAUCGGCUGGGAGGGCGGAGUGCUGGUACAGACAUGUGGACACUAUCUGCACCUUGAUUGCCACACCUCAUAUGUGGCUUCCCUGCUGGGUCAGGGAAGCCAAAACAAUAUUCUUGUGACAAAGGGGGAGUACUCCUGUCCGCUGUGUGUGCAGCUGUCCAAUUCUGUGAUCCCAAUACUACCGGAGGAGAACAAGUACACUCUCACCCGCCCUGUGUCCCCUGACCCUCGUCAGAUGGCCUUGGAAAUCGCUGACAUGAUGGUGAAAAGGCCAAUAACUCCUCGUUCCCCCCUGGUUACCAAGGCGAUGGGAAGUAUGAUGGAGGAUCUGACCAACGCCACGUACGGCAUGUUCAAGACCUACACGAGCUCACAGACCUCUGAGAGUGUCCUGCUGUUUGUUUGUUCAGUGGCCAGGACCAACCUUGAGGUGGAGCUUCUACAGAGGAACAACAAGUUGGCCUCGCCCCUCUCCUCCCCAAGGAAGCACUGCUUCUUACCGCUGCUUCAUGUAUUGAGCAUGCACAGUAAGAUCCUGACUACAAAGCCAUACACGGAUCUCUGGUCUCAUAUCACUGGAGUUUCCUGUAGCGAGUCAACUACAAGCGUGUCGCUGUACCACAAGGAGGUCCCGCUGCUGUUGAAGGACCCGGCCUCCCUGCUCAUACAGAUUAUCCUCACUCUCCCCUCCACCAUAGAGACAGGUCACUAUGACUACCUGGUGCACGUGGUAUUCAACAUUGUGUUUAUACAGUCACUAUGUGUGAUCACGUGCAAGUUCACAGAGGAGGAGAGAGAGGCCUGGAAGAGGAGCAGACAUGAUGCAUUCACAACACUUGAAGGAAUGCUGAGCCACGUGAUUACCCGCCUGUCCACCAGCCUACUGUACGAGAAGGAGGAGACAGAUCUGCUGGCUAUCUGCCAGUCUGUGUGGUCACCCCAGUCUGUGGAGACAUCUGUCCAGGAACUUUGUGAACCGUUCCUCCGUGUGGCAGCCCUUGUCAAGUUCCAUUUGUUUGCAGAGGAGUUCCCAAAACAGGAGGGUCUGACAGACUUCCAGUACCUGUGUGCCUACCUGCGGUUGAACGUGUCGAGCCCGGGGAAGGUCAUUGAGCCCAGCAAGGUGAUGUCAGCAGCCCAGUGUGUGCGGUGGACCGUGGAGGAACCCCAUACCCUCACCCGUGCCUGGUGUACCGACCUUGUGCACUUUGUCAACAAAAACCCACAGGAUGGCAAGAGUUUGCUGACAGUGAACAAGCGCUGGUUCGGUCCCCGACUCAUCCUGCUGCCUGACCAGUAUUACAAGAUAUUCCAGGCCUACAGGAAGAAAACAUGCCCGGUAUGUAGUAACAUGCCGAAGGACCCGUGCGUGUGCCUCGUGUGCGGUAUGUUCCUGUGCUUCCGAGGCUCCUGCUGCAAACAGCAACAUCUGUACGAGUGUGUGCAGCACUCUAUUGAGUGUGGGGCGGGUACAGGAAUCUUCCUGCUGAUUAACUCGAGCAUCAUUGUGGUGAUCCGGGGCCCGCGUGCUGCACUCUGGGGCUCUGUCUACCUUGACGAAUACGGGGAGGAAGAUAAGGAUCUCAAGCGUGGCAAGCCACUGUACCUGAGUAAUGACCGCUACUCGCUCCUGCAGAACCAGUGGAUAACUCACAGUUUUGACCACGCCUGUAAACGAUGGAUCUGGCACCAGGAUAGGCUGUAAAAUGGCUACUAUAUCUUUGCCUAUGAUGAAGCGAGCUCAUUUGAAUCAUACAAACAUUGCUUCAUAAGAACGGGCUGUAGUAGAUGUUGGAUCUUUCCUGGUUGGAACAAGGUCUACUAGAAGAGGAUCAUCCAUGAUCAUACCAGCUCUACCAGAGCUGGAUCGUCCAUGUUAAAACAAGCUCUACCAGAGUAGGAUCAUCCAUGUUAAAACAAGCUCUACCAGAGUAGGAUCAUCCAUGUUAAAACAAGCUCUACCAGAGUAGGAUCAUCCAUGAUGAAACUAGCUCUACCUUGAUAAGAUCAGCUCUUCCAAGACAAGAUCUUAUAACUGUUGGUUCACCAGGCUCCGCUGUUGUGGAACAUGUUCUGUCCAAGAUGGAACUAUCUCUACCAGGAUAGGAUCAUAAAAGCAUUGCUUCGUAAAACCACUGUUGCUGUGAUAGUUCUAUGACAGUCAACUGCAUCAUUUAUCCCUUGUUUAGGUUAGGCGUUAAAACGAUUAUCGAUGAGGAGUGAUGUGGUUCCUUAACAUAUUAUCGCUGUCUGCGAUUAUGACCACAUAGACAUAGCUUGGAUCACAUUCUGACAUUAUGCAUGAUUAUCUGGCCUUGUGAUCUGUAUCCAAACUCACUUAAUAAUCAUGUAUCAGGUUCUCACUGCACUUUAAAGCUAAGACACAGCCUCUGAAUGCAGGAUAUGAAAUUGUGAUAUAACUGUAACGAACAUCUGCUGAAUAUCGUACAAUCAAACUGUGUGUUGUAUAAUAGUGGUCUACUCUGUGAUUAUUUUUGUGUUCAUCAAGUGCUUUUAAUCUAUUAUCGUGUUCGAAAUUAUGUUUUGACCAAUGGGAAUGCAGUAUAUUUAAUACUUUCAGUACAUUCUUGUUGGUCAGUCGGCCGUUGUUAUUGUUAUUCAGGUGAAUUAGUGUAUUUAAACACAGUCUGGGUGGGUCAACAAAAAAUAAUCUCAAACACUAAGCUGCCCUGCGUUAAGCCAUUUAUUUUGGUCCUUGACCAUUACAUGUUAGAAAUUUCUCAGAAGUACUUAAAAAAAAAACCAAAUUCAUAAGCAAAUUUGGCGAUUGUCUAAGUAUGGGAUUUUACCUCAUGGGGUGUUCACUAAACAGUCUCAGUUUGACAAUGCAUUGUGUAAAUCAAAACAAUUCUUGUUGAAAAUCAGUUCCAGCUGAUGUGAUUUGAAAUGCCUGUAAAACUUGGAAAUGAAGAUCUUUCGUAAGUGCAACUUUGUAAAAAAUUGUCUUUAAGUGUUCUGAAUUGAACAUGAAACGUCAAACUACCAAAUUUUUACUCAGAUAGUUUGCCAGGUAGAUCAUUCAAGGAUGAAAAAGAGAGAAAAAAAAUCUGGUAAAAACUUGUGAAUAUGUACGUAUAAAGGAAACUGAAACAAUUUGUUCCAAAUCAAUUAAAACCAUCUAUGGCCUGCAUCAUCAUUUGAGGAGAAUAACUGUUCCUAUCUGUCAUAAAAUUCUUAUAUUUGUCACACAUUUGCAUUCAAAUCUCAACUUUUACUGCCUUUUAUGCUAUGAUGAAACUUCUAUUUACAUUCGAAUUGCGAAACUUAAGCCAGUAAAUGAAUCUGUCUUUUUGUGCAUAAUACUGGACUUUAUUGUGAGACAUCUUUUCACAAUCCUGUGGUUUUACUAAAACGAUUUACAUGAUGCUUCAAACUGAUAACAACUGUCUUCAAAAAUUACCUUCAUUGUUUUGUAGCUAAAUGAAAGCAAAGUGUACAUACAUUUGUUUGGCCAGGGUAACUAUGUGAUGACUAAUUCUCGCUAUUGGUUUAUCCUUUAUGAGUACGGGAUAUUUAUAUCAGGAUGAUCUGGCAUCAUGUCAGUUAUUCGAGUUAUUGCUUAUUCAAAUGAAUGGUGUGCUAUGUUUACAUCCAGUAUUUUCAUCGAUGCCGUCAUAACAGUACAGAAUUACUGAUGAUUCUUUUUCUGGUCAGGGCUUCUCUACAAGGAAAUUUUGGAGCAUAUUCAAAAAUAGAGUUGUUGAGAGUACUAAAACUUUUUAAAAGGCGGCUUGGAAGUUUAAAACAUCAUAAAUUUAUCAUCAAUGUUAUUUUUACGGCCACAUUUUAUUUUUUUAUAAGAUGCUUCAAUACAUAUUUGGUUGACUUUGGAAACUACAAGACAUUUAAGAAUAUAUAAUGUACAAUAAUGGAGAUAUUCUUAAUUGUUGAGAGUUGUUUGAGAGACUUCCAAAAUUUAUUCUGUAUCAUUGAAAAAUUGUUAUUGUUAUAAGUUGUUAUGUUUGUCUUUCCAUCUAGCUUGCUGUCAUUUCAUUCUUGUGCAAAAUACUCAUCAAUUCUUUUAUCCAAUUUUUCAUGUAUGCUGACAAUAAAGAAAGCCCUUGGAAGACAAGUGAAGCUUUACUGAUUCUAAUAAUGCACCACCGUUAAAAUAUGUUUUAUAUUAUUAUAAUGAUAAUUAUUGCUGAAAUGUUUUUUCAGUAAUUUUUUUUCAGUAAUUUCAUUUCUUUUUUUCAGUAAUUUCCAAAAUUGUUUGACAUUGCUGUAACAGUAAAGAUACAUUUCCUUACAUUUUGAUACCAUGAUUGGUGUCGAUGAAUUAUAGCAUAAUAAGUGCAUUUAAUUAUCUCAUGACAGGGAUAUAGAACUGGGCCUGAUUCAUGAAAGAUUUUAGUCAUAACUUUGCUUUCAACUUACAUACUGGCUUAUUUUAAAUUUCACUGAAAUAUAUAGCAUCAUAAUGGCUACAAUAGCUAAUGGUAAAAUUACAAAUGGUAUAACCCUUUAAAAUCGGUGUAGGAAAGUUUUGUAGCUUUUAAGAAAACUUUUAACAAGAUAUUGAAUAAAACGGCCCCCAGAGAUUCCUUUGGAGAGCUCAUUACAAGACAGACUUAACUUCAUAUAAAUAUAGCACUAGUUACACCUGUCAUCACGGCAGUCAUCCUUUUACAUUUACUGUUGAUAUUUAGAAUGGGCUUGAAGUGAAAGCUCUGUACAGUUCUCAUGUAAACCAUCUGAACACCAUGUAGUUGUUAAAACAUUACUUGCACUGGCUUUAACUCUCAGUGUAAAUGAACACGGGAGUUUCUUGCAUGUACAGUUCCUUCUUUCUUAAGGAGACAUGCGCAGCAGAGAGUGCCUGUUAAUUUUCACUUUUUUUCUGAAAUUUGUUAAUAUCAGAUAUGCCAAACAAUCAAGUUGUACAUUAUGUUACUAUGUAAGGCUAUGCAGGGACAUUUUAUUUAUUUUUUUAAUAUUUUUGCAAGGGACUCUAAUUUUCUUAUUUACUGAGCAUCCCUUCGACUCUAGAAUUAACCUUUUUAUAGUAUAAACCUUAUGCGAGACACCAAUAAAGUUACAAGAGAGUCCCAUUUUGUCAACAAUGAGGAUCAAAAGACCACAAGCUGAAAAAUCACUGCUCUGAAAUACUUUGAAUUGUUCUUGAUUUAAUACUUGUAUUAUAAUAUCGACGAAGGACAACUUAGGUCUCGAGCCCCAGGCAUGAAGGUGCCUGCUGGAAAGGUUAAGGAUUUCUUCAGUGACCAUGUUAACCUCUAUUUUGUGUAUUAAAGCAAAAAUACCCGUUAUGUUUCCGAUUUUACUGCCAAAAAAUUCUAGGCUUGGUUGGUAGGGAUUUUAUUUAAAACAAAAUAAGAUUAAGCUGUAUCGGAAUGGUAUUCGCACAAUUGAGACUGCCAAUUUAUCAUGGUCAAUAUGCCUCCAUUUUUUGCAUGAUGGCAAUGAGGAAAUUUUUCGUCAACAUUAUUAGGGUUGGUUGAGAAAACCAGGAAGAAACUUUUUUUAAGCCUAGCCAGUAAUAAGAUGAACAUUUGACUCCAUUGCCACUGUUUUUUAAUGUGAAGCACCAUAAGAUACUUAAUUAAAUCAUGGUACGAUUUUUUUGUGCUAUGCUUGAGGAACAAUUAAUAUGUUAAAGUAUGCUUAACAUUGAAUCAUGCUGUUGUUACACGACUAUUUUGCUGUUCUAUUGUGAUAUCAUUGUUUUGAAUAAAAACGAUUUUUUACUGGU